AAAAGAAAAAAAGGAUAAUGAAUGGGUGCAGUACGGAUUUGAAUGAUUUUUUGUUGGAAUUCAAUAUCACACGAAUUAUUUCAGAGAAAAUCAUGGCUCAUAAUAAUUUUCUUUACUACACAUAUGGGAUAGCUUUGUCGAUUGUAAUCAGCAUUGGAAUACCCGGAAAUUGUUGUGCUUUAGUUAUAUUAAUGCAUCGAACACUACAGAGUUCCCCUGUAAGUAUUGUAAAAGCUUUGACUAUUCAUGGUAUCAUUAACAUGUGCUAUUCUAUCUAUUUGGAUAUAAUUCCGUCAAUAAAAAUGCACAGGGAAACAGAAAAUUUAGAUAACGAUAUCAUGAAUACUUUGUGGCAAAACAAAUGUAGAAGCAAUUUUUCCUUGUUACCUCCAUAUAUGGGUCAUAUCGAUGUCUUUGUAAACACUACUAAUUCACUCCUAGCCCAAAUGAAGCCAGUAUAUGACCAAUUAGUGAAUGGGAGCUUUAUCAACGGACAACGGUCAUGUAUUAUCGAAAAUUGCAUCUCUCAAACAUCUCCUGGUCAAGUGCCAAAUAAAUCGAUAUCAAAUUAUGAUCCACGGGUGGAUUUUCCAUCUUCUUCCCUUUCCAAUUCUGACAACUUUACCACGGAUAAGGAUAUUGGCUAUUUCAUCGAAAAGGCUGUGGAAAGAUUUAUCGGAUAUUUCCUCGUCAAUGUUGGGUUAUUGAUCACCUUUAGUCUCGCAAUAGAGAGAUGCAUUGCGAUUUACUUUCCUUUUCAGGCGGUUAGAUGGCUAACAAUUCGAAAGACCAGAGUUUCUUUAGUGGUAAUACUUUUCGCUUGCAUGUGUGCACAUCUUCCACAAAUGAUCAAGGAAAUCUCUAUAGCGAACUCAAACCCCUCACAAAUAAAUGGAGAUGACAGUGAAAUGUUUGUUGAUCCAAUUCGACAAGAAUAUGAAAGAUUUUAUGCCCUGAUUAGUCUCUUAAUUUGCGUUGCAACAUUCAGUUUGAAUAUUACAGUGUUAGUUAAACUGAUUAUUCUUCACAGGAAGUUGAAAUACUGCAAACAUCUAAUAAACGCGGAGCGGACAGAAAUCAACAUUACGGUAGCAAUUGUUGUUCUGAUCUUUUUCCAACUGCCAUUUCAUGUAAUGGCAGCAACCAUCGCUUUUAUUCAAUCAAGCUCCGUCAUUCAAAAUGUGAAUUCGUUCAUUCAAGCCACAGUAUUUAUUCGAUUCUUUUUCAUCUCUCAGUCUGCCUUAAACUUCAUAAUUUAUUGUAUCCUCGCUAGAAACUGCCGAAAAGUCUGCAGAAUUCUUUUCAGAAAACUGUCCCUUAGUUUUACAAGGAAGACCACAAGUCUAACUCAUCAAGAUGACAAAAUGCAUGAAAGAAUUCGAAGAAAUUAUUCACAUUCAUUAACAACGGUAAAGGCAACGGAAAAAGAUGACGUUCAUGUUCGAACAAAUCCAUUAGAUGAGAUAUCUUUGCACACAUUGACUGGUCACAACUACCGAAAACACGUUAUAAUCGAGGACAAACACAGAGUGUGCAAUGGUUCCGUGAAAAUGCACUGUGUGUAGAACUAAGCCCAAUAAAAUA